GGGUGGCGGCGCGCGAGCGGCUAAGGAGCCGCGCCGCAAACAAGCUCUCACACGCGCGCACACACACGCACACACACAGACACAGACACACAAACGCGCGCGCGCGCGCGCGUAUACACACAGCGGGGCUCCCGGAGGCGGCGGCGGCCGCAUCCCCGGCAGCGACUCGCCUCGAAGUGACAGGAACCUUCCGGCUAGCCUCUCUGUGCAUGCUGUCAACCACCUGCAGAGGAUUCUCCACGAAGCAGCCUGGGGAACUGCGCACAGGGUUUGACCAGGUAGACGCCCCUUGCUGUUGUUCCCAGCUGCCCGGUCUUGAAUACCAGCAUGGCCAAACCUUAUGAAUUUAACUGGCAGAAGGAAGUGCCGUCCUUCUUGCAAGAAGGGGCAGUUUUUGACCGAUACGAAGAGGAAUCUUUCGUGUUUGAACCCAACUGCCUCUUCAAAGUGGACGAAUUUGGCUUUUUCCUGACCUGGAAGAGUGAAGGCAAGGAAGGACAAGUGCUAGAAUGUUCCCUCAUCAACAGUAUUCGGCUGGCAGCCAUACCAAAGGAUCCCAAAAUCCUGGCUGCUCUUGAAGCUGUUGGAAAAUCUGAAAAUGAUCUGGAAGGGCGGAUAUUGUGUGUCUGCAGUGGCACAGAUCUGGUGAACAUUGGCUUCACUUACAUGGUGGCUGAAAACCCAGAAGUAACUAAGCAAUGGGUAGAAGGCCUGAGAUCAAUCAUUCACAACUUCAGGGCAAACAACGUCAGUCCGAUGACAUGCCUCAAGAAACACUGGAUGAAACUGGCGUUUCUGACCAACACGAGUGGUAAAAUUCCAGUGAGAAGUAUUACUAGAACCUUUGCGUCGGGGAAAACGGAAAAGGUGAUCUUUCAAGCCCUCAAGGAAUUGGGUCUGCCCAGCGGAAAGAACGAUGAAAUUGAGCCUGCCGCAUUUACUUAUGAAAAGUUCUAUGAACUGACACAAAAGAUUUGUCCUCGGACAGACAUAGAAGACCUUUAUAAAAAAAUCAAUGGAGACAAAACUGAUUAUUUAACGGUAGACCAAUUAGUGAGCUUUCUAAACGAACACCAGCGAGAUCCUCGGCUGAAUGAAAUUUUAUUUCCAUUUUAUGAUGCAAAAAGAGCAAUGCGGAUCAUUGAGAUGUAUGAGCCUGAUGAAGAUUUGAAGAAAAAAGGCCUCAUAUCAAGUGAUGGGUUUUGCAGAUAUCUGAUGUCCGAUGAAAAUGCCCCAGUCUUCCUAGAUCGCUUAGAACUUUACCAGGAGAUGGAUCACCCCCUGGCUCACUACUUCAUCAGUUCUUCCCACAAUACCUAUCUCACCGGCAGGCAGUUUGGCGGAAAGUCUUCAGUGGAGAUGUACAGACAAGUUCUCCUGGCUGGGUGCAGGUGUGUGGAGCUUGACUGUUGGGAUGGAAAAGGUGAAGAUCAGGAACCGAUAAUAACUCACGGAAAGGCAAUGUGUACAGACAUCCUGUUUAAGGAUGUGAUCCAAGCCAUCAAGGAAACAGCAUUUGUCACAUCAGAGUAUCCUGUAAUCCUCUCCUUUGAAAACCACUGCAGCAAAUAUCAACAGUACAAGAUGUCCAAGUAUUGUGAAGAUCUAUUUGGGGAUCUCCUGUUGAAACAAGCCCUCGAAUCACAUCCACUUGAACCAGGCAGACCUUUACCAUCCCCUAAUGACCUCAAAAGAAAAAUACUCAUCAAAAAUAAAAGGCUGAAACCUGAAGUGGAAAAAAAGCAGCUUGAAGCUCUGAAGAGCAUGAUGGAAGCCGGAGAAUCAGCCGCCCCAGCAAGCAUCUUAGAAGAUGACAAUGAAGAGGAGAUAGAAAGCGCUGAUCAAGAAGAAGAAGCCCACCCUGAGUACAAAUUUGGAAGUGAACUGUCUGCUGAUGACUUCAGUCACAAGGAAGCAGUUGCCAACAGUGUCAAGAAGACCUCAGAUGACCUUGAACAUGAAAACAACAAAAAGGGCCUGGUCACUGUAGAAGAUGAGCAGGCAUGGAUGGCAUCUUAUAAAUACGUAGGUGCUACCACGAAUAUCCAUCCAUACUUGUCCACAAUGAUCAACUACGCGCAGCCUGUGAAGUUUCAAGGUUUCCAUGUGGCUGAAGAGCGCAAUAUUCACUAUAACAUGUCUUCUUUUAACGAGUCAGUUGGCCUUGGCUACUUGAAGACACACGCGAUUGAAUUUGUAAAUUACAAUAAGCGACAAAUGAGCCGCAUUUACCCCAAGGGAGGCCGAGUUGAUUCCAGUAAUUACAUGCCUCAGAUUUUCUGGAACGCUGGUUGCCAGAUGGUUUCACUGAACUAUCAAACCCCAGAUUUAGCGAUGCAACUGAAUCAGGGAAAAUUUGAGUAUAAUGGAUCCUGCGGGUACCUUCUCAAGCCAGAUUUCAUGAGGCGGCCUGACCGGACGUUUGAUCCCUUCUCUGAAACCCCUGUGGAUGGGGUUAUUGCAGCCACAUGCUCAGUACAGGUUAUAUCAGGGCAAUUCCUAUCAGAUAAGAAGAUCGGCACAUACGUGGAAGUAGACAUGUAUGGAUUGCCUACCGACACCAUACGGAAGGAAUUCCGGACUCGCAUGGUUAUGAACAAUGGACUCAACCCAGUUUACAAUGAAGAAUCGUUCGUGUUUCGGAAGGUGAUCCUGCCUGACCUGGCCGUCCUGAGAAUCGCGGUGUAUGAUGACAACAACAAGCUGAUUGGCCAGCGAAUCCUUCCUUUGGAUGGCCUCCAAGCAGGCUACCGACACAUCUCCCUAAGAAAUGAGGGGAACAAACCAUUAUCACUGCCAACAAUUUUCUGCAAUAUUGUUCUUAAAACAUAUGUGCCUGAUGGGUUUGGAGAUAUUGUGGAUGCUCUAUCUGACCCAAAGAAGUUUCUUUCAAUCACGGAAAAGAGAGCCGACCAAAUGAGAGCUAUGGGCAUUGAAACUAGUGACAUAGCAGAUGUGCCCAGUGACACUUCCAAAAAUGACAAGAAAGGCAAAGCCAACCCAGCCAAAGCAAACGUGACCCCUCAGAGCAGCUCUGAGCUCAGACCGACCACCACGGCCGCCCUGGGCUCUGGCCAGGAAGCCAAGAAAGGUAUUGAACUUAUCCCUCAAGUGAGGAUAGAAGAUUUAAAGCAAAUGAAGGCUUACUUGAAGCAUUUAAAGAAACAACAGAAAGAGUUAAACUCAUUAAAGAAGAAACACGCAAAGGAGCACAGCACCAUGCAGAAGUUACACUGCACACAAGUUGACAAAAUCGUGGCCCAAUACGACAAAGAGAAGUCAACUCAUGAGAAAAUCCUGGAGAAGGCGAUGAAGAAGAAGGGGGGAAGUAAUUGUCUUGAAAUGAAAAAAGAAACAGAAAUUAAAAUUCAGACCCUGACAUCAGAUCACAAAUCUAAGGUCAAAGAGAUUGUGGCCCAGCACACAAAGGAGUGGUCAGAAAUGAUCAACACACACAGUGCUGAGGAGCAAGAAAUCCGGGAUCUGCACUUGAACCAGCAGUGUGAGCUGCUGAGAAAGCUGCUCAUCAACGCUCAUGAGCAACAGACCCAGCAGCUGAAACUCUCCCAUGACAGGGAAAGCAAGGAGAUGCGAGCCCACCAGGCUAAGAUUUCUAUGGAAAAUAGUAAAGCCAUCAGUCAAGAUAAAUCUAUCAAGAAUAAGGCAGAAAGGGAAAGGCGAGUCAGGGAGUUGAACAGCAGCAACACUAAAAAGUUUCUAGAAGAAAGAAAGAGACUGGCGAUGAAACAGUCGAAAGAAAUGGAUCAAUUGAAAAAAGUUCAACUCGAGCACCUAGAAUUCCUAGAGAAACAGAAUGAGCAGCUUUUGAAAUCCUGUCAUGCAGUGUCCCAAACACAAGGCGAAGGAGAUGCAGCAGAUGGUGAAAUUGGAGGCCGAGAUGGAGCGCAGACCAGCAACAGUGGUAUGAAACUCCAGAGUGCAAACUGAGGCUGGAAAACCACGGAUCGUCAGGAGAUCAUGCCCAGCUCGAAACUCAGACUCCACGGACAAAAGCUGUUUUCUGUGUUUUUUUUUUUUUUUUUUAAAUGUACAAACACGGUGUUAUCUGAAACCACACAGACUGGGGAUGACCAAAUGUUCUUCUGUUUAACAACUGACUAUUGAAUUUCUUUGGCCAACCAAAAAUAGCUAUGUAUUCACAACAACAAUAACAAAGAAUCUCCUAUUCCUGACAGGCAGAGUCGAACCGUGCUACACAACUUAAACAUGUGUGCUAAAAGACAGCAUCACAAGUCAGUGGGCUUGAUGUUAACAGCUCUGCUUUGUGAUGCAUUAGGACAUGUUUGAGCUGCUGC